AUGACAGAUGUGGAAAUGAAAGACUCCGCAGGUCCAUCCAACACUGGAGCCAAGGGUUCUGAUAAUGAUGGAAAGAAGAAAUUUGAGGUCAAAAAGUGGAACGCUGUCGCCCUCUGGUCAUGGGACAUUGUCGUCGAUAACUGUGCCAUUUGCCGAAAUCAUAUCAUGGACUUGUGCAUUGAAUGCCAAGCCAACCAAGGAUCAUCAACACAGGAGGAGUGCACUGUCGCAUGGGGUAUCUGCAAUCACGCCUUCCACUUUCACUGCAUUUCAAGAUGGUUGAAGACUCGCCAGGUCUGCCCACUGGAUAACCGGGACUGGGAGUUCCAGAAGUAUGGUCGUUAA